ACCUUCAAUUCAUGCAUAGCUUCCAAACAGAAAACAAAGAAGCCGACAAGUGUGAACACAUAUGUACAGGCAUUAACCAUUAUCCAACGCAACUGAUAAGAGUUUUCAGCUCCCCACGUCCCAACCCAAACCUCCUUUCCGCUCUACACUUCCCUUUGGUCAAAUCCCAUGAAAACAAAAUCCAAGGACACAAAUUCCUUAUGGAAAUGGAAAGGAAACAUGAACAAGAAAAAGAACGGCAAGCAAUUUCCAGUGUCGGAAUUCCUCCGUGAAAGCCGCCAGAAAGUGGAGGAGAACGUAUUGGGACCUGGAGGCGGUGCUGGGAUUGGUUGCGGCAUUGGAGUUGGGUUUGGUUUGGUUGGGGGAAUUGGGUAUGGAGGGUGGCCUUGGAACCAUUUGAAGCUUGCGUUUGGGGUCGGGGCUGGUUGUGGGGUUGGGUUGGGGUUUGGAUUUGGGCAAGGGAUUGGUUAUGGUUUUAGUUUAGAAUCCUUGGAAUCCUACAUGCUGUCUGAGGACAGUUGAGAUUCCAGCAGAAAAAUUUUUAAUUGCCUAGGGAAUGUGGAAAUGUUGUUGGGUUAUGUUUCAAUUGUCUUUGAGCAAUGAGCAAUAAUUUGAUGAGGCUGUUAUAGUUUCUCAACUUUACUAUGCCAGGUGUUUGAUAUAUUGCCAAAAUAGCCAACGUUGCUAUUUUGGCCUAUGAUUUCUAAUAUUCGUUUGUUGCUAUCAGGGUUUCGUACUGUAUUUUGUAUCCAUCUAUUAAUCAACUUAUUUCUUCGA